AUGAAGACGUCGUUAUCAUUCAUUCUUUUCUUCUUACUUACUAUCAGCAUUGAUUCCAUAAUAGUAGAUGCAACGUGUUGGGAACAUCCGAAUCCAAUCAAGCCAUUCGAGAAAAAAAUCUCUUCAAUAUGUGGUUUACAAAAAAAGACAAAAGACAAACUGAAGGCAGAAGUAGGCAAAGAAUCACAAAAAGAUGAAGUUCAUUCCUUGGCGGCAAAUGAAGCAUUUAAAUUCGAUUUCUCUUGCGGAGUUCCUGAUAAGGCUUUAUGUACCAAAGCGGAAAAUGCAUUCAAGUCGGCAGGGGAAAUAAUAGCGAACGUAAUCAAUCUGGUUACCCCGGUAACGGUUAAUGCCACUUUCACCGAUUUUUGUAAAGCCCUUAAUGAAUGUGACGGUUCGAUCCUUGGAGCGGCGAGCGCGGCAAGGUCGAUCCCUUUGCUAGACGAUGAUAAAGUGGUUAGGCAAUAUCCGCAAGCGUUGGCAAAACAAUUUUUGUUGGAUCCAACACCUCAGUGGGGACCUUUUGACAUUCAAGCGUUCUUUAAUGCUCAAGCGGACUUAUUCUUUAAAGGGGAUGGUGUGAUUAAAAAAAAUCAAUUCGAUUUCGAAUAUAUCAUUUUACAUGAGCUCAUUCAUGGUCUUGGUUUCGCUUCCGCAUGGAACAAUUACUUUUCCGAACAACCUGUUGCCUUAACCCCUGAUCCAAAUUUUCUCGAGAUGAUAACGGAAUUAAGUCAACCCGUAAAAUUCACGGGAUUUGAAGAAAACGCGUUUGAUAAAUAUAUGGUAAACACCAGAGUGAAGGGAACCCCAAAGAGGAUGACGGAAUUUACAAACGAAAUAAAUAGUUUUGCCGAGAUUGGAACCGAUUUCCCAUCCGUACAAGCUCUAUUAAACGCGUUCGGAGAUUCUAGACAAUUUCAAACUUCCAGUCAAUUAAUCCUUGAUGGUCAAACUCCAAAGACCAUGGCCUUUCAACCUCGUAACGCUAGCUUAAAUGAUUUGGUCUUCUUGGAGACGAAUCUCAAACCUUUUCGAAUUGGUUCAUCGAUUUCUCAUAUGGAUAUAAAAACUUUUGAUAAUGAUCCGGACUUUUUGGAGGUUUUUAACGCUAAACCGGGUCAAACCUUGGAUCAAGUUCUUAAGGCUACCGGUGGAAAAGCUCCUAUUGGUCCAAAAUUAAAAAGUGUUUUGGAGACCUUGGGAUACGCCACGAAUGAGAAUCCAAAUCCUUAUAGACCGACAUUACCGAGCGAUUCUCAGGUUACACCAAGUCAGAUUCCUAUUUGGAAGUCUACGAAUAAUCAAUCCUCCUCCGCCACAUCAUUGACGUCUAGCUUUAACGUUCUAUCUUUAUUUGUCAUCGUAGCCUUCACUUUAUCAUUUUAG